AUGGAGAAAAGAGCGCAUAAUGCGUGCUGCUACCGGAUGCUGUCAAUUCUCAACGUGCUGAAGGAGGGCUCUCUCCGCAGGCCCGAGCUGGAGGGCCUUCUGUGCGAGCUGGACAGGCUGAUUUUUCUGGUCACCACCUGCCAGCCCCAAGCAGAGGUGUGCGUAGAAAGGCUUGGCGAGCACGAGUACCGCGUGAAGAACACACGCAUAGCGCAGCGGGGCGGGGAGGUCGAAAUUGUAGAGACAGACGUGCUGGGGCUGAAGGCAUACUAUGCAACGCUCCCCCUAAAAUCGCAGCCCAUCAGAGAAACUGUGGAGUAUGUGCGGGCAGUUAGCGAGCACAGGGUGUGCAUGCGGUGCCUUAGGCGCGCCAGCCAGGUCACGCUUCUGUGCUGCCUAGUGAUCAGAAAAGACCCAAGCGGAAGCUCAGCGUACCACAUAGAGUGUGCAGAAGGGGCCUGCGAGUGA